AAGUCACUUGCCCUCUGUUUGCCCGUUUUCCUCAAAUGUAAAAUGGGCACAGUAUCGCCUCGCUCCCAGGGAUCUGGGGGGAUCAAAUGAAGUGAUUAUAAAACACUCAGCACGGUGCCUAAUGUGUAGUAAGUGCCAUCUAAAUGUCACUCCUUUAUUAUAAGCAGUCUGCGCGACAGCGACAGAGCCCUUUCGGAGAAGCAGAGCGGUGAUGGGGUUAUAGCGCAGAAGUGAAUUCGCAUCUAACUUCUGACUGCCGCUGUGUGACUCCAGGCAAGAAGCUGAACCUCUCUGGGCUAUAUGAGAGUUUCCUUCUUCGUGGAAGAAGGGGAAUGGAGUCUGUUCCAGGUUUAAAUCUAUAUCCGAUGCUUCAGCGAGGUCUCAGGGACGACGGGAAAGCGAUUCCUCAUGGAUAAAAUCACUACCAGUACAAGCCACGAUGUUAGAUUAAAAAAGAGAUGGCGAGAAAACGCUACAGCCCGACUCUCAGUGAGGAGACUGCGACACAUGCGCAGAAGGCCCACGGCGUCCGAGCCCCAUUGCGCUUGCGCGGUCUCUGCGUCCUCUUCCGGCAGCCGAGACUCUCGCGAGAAAGCCGCAUCAUCCGGGAGCUGAAUUCAAAUAGACUUGGCGUUGUCCCAACGGUGCUUCUGUGGAGUAGGUUGACUGAAAGCAGAGAAAUAAAAUGGAGUCUGAGUUGGUUUUGAAUCUUCGUCGUCAGCUCAAAGAGGCUGAAGAAGAGCGAAUGAAAGCAGCACAGUAUGGUUUACUGCUCUUGGAGAGCCAAAAUGAGUUGCAGAACCAAUUGGAUAAAAUGAGAAGUGAAAUAAUGAGCACAACAGAGAAUUAUGAACAAGAAAAAUUUACUCUUCAGAGAGAAGUUGAACUUAAAAAUCGAAUGUUGGAAAGUUUGAAUUCUGAAUGUGAUGCCAUUAGACAGCAGCAAAAAUUGCAGUUGGAAAAAUUGGAAGAACAGCUAUCAAGAAGCCAUGGACAGGAAGUGAAUGAACUUAAAAACAAGCUGGAAAAGUUGAAAGCUGAAUUAGAUGAAGCUCGACUAAGUGAAAAACAAUUGAAACACAAAGUAGAACAUCAGAAGGAAAUAUUGUCUGCUAAAUCAGAGGAAUUGCGGAUAAUGUCUGAGCGUGUACAUGAAACCAUGUCUUCAGAAAUGCUGAGUCUUCAGAUUGAGAUAACUGAGUUGGAAAGUGUGAAGGCCAGUCUUGAGGAAAGAAUGAAUGAGCUGCAGUAUAGACAAGAACAGCUAGAACUUACUAAUAACAACUUACAGCACCAACUAGAAUGCCUUCAAGGGGAAAAAGAAGACAGAGAGAAAGAAGUUGUUUCAUACUUUAAUGCAUUAGAGAAAGCUCGUGUAACUAAUCAGGAUCUACAAACACAAUUGGACCAUGCAUUGCAGCAGUCGAUGGACCCCAACAGUAAAGGAAACUCUUUGUUUGCAGAGGUGGAAGAUCGAAGGGCAGAAAUGGAACGACAAUUCAUCAGUAUGAAAGUCAAGUAUCAAUCUCUUCAAAAACAACAUUUAUUUAAUAGGGAACAGAUGCAAAGAAUGAAGCUACAAAUUGCCACACUGCUACAGAUGAAAGGAUCACAAACAGAAUUUGAGCAGCUAGAACGCUUACAGGCUAUGUUAGAGCAGAAGAAUGGUGAAGUAGAAAAUCUUUUAGUGAAGAUAAAGCAGUUAGAGAAAUUUAAGAAUUUAUAUGAAAACAUGGAAUCCAAGCCCUCUAGUAUCUUGUGUACUCCAGAGGAUAAUUCAUAUUAUAUCGAUUUACUUCAAAUGAAGCUUGAAAACUCAAACAAAGAGAUUGAAAAGAUUAGAGAUGAGCUAUCCUUACAGCGGAUGAAGGCAUUAUAUGAGAGCCAGCGGGUUUUGGAGGUAGAGAGAAAACUUUUUACAAAUGAAAGGCAUCUCCAGCUUUUCCAAAGUGAAAAUAUGAACUUGAGAGUUAAACUAGAUGAGCUGAAAAUGAAAUAUGAACCUGAAGAGCCAGUUGAAAUACCUAUACAUAAAAGAAAGCGGGAGAAGUUGCCUCUGGAUGUACCUCUUUGUAAAGAUGAGGUUACUACUAGCACUGCCCUAGAAAACUCUUCUAAUAUAACCUCUAACAAUGAGUCCUCUGCAAGUAAUAUAGGAGGAGAAAGUCAGAUCCCAUCAGAAAAUUCUGGGAAUUCAGCUAUGACUCUCCCUCUCUCCCAAACUCCACCUGUGGAUCAGCAACCUCUGAAGGAAAAGAAGUGUGUAAAAAUCAUUGGCAUUCCUUCCAGUUCAGAAGUUUUACAUGAAAAAAGUGACAACACCAAUAAUUCUUCCAGGUUAUUAGCUGCUGAAUCGAAGCUCCAAACAGAAGCUAACGAAAGGAAAGAAACUGCAAGCAAACCUGAAAGAAAAACUUCUAAAAAACCAUAUACUACCCUGUAUGUGUCUUCCAAACCAACUCAGACACAGUGUCCUCAACAAUAAAGUUAUUUGCUUAGUAAUAAUUUUGCAACCUCCCCAAAAUUUGUUCAAAAGAGGCUGUUGAACACUGCCUUCCGAGUGUAAGAUGAUUUCUGAUAACUAUCAAGUUGUGGAUGAAAAUAUGACUCACUAUACCAUUACUUCAUUUAUACUUCUGUGACAAAAUAGCCUAUAAUUACUUUUGGCAUGUAGGUUGUUAUACUACUAAUUCCAUAAGUAAUAAUUCUAGAUAUCCCAAAAGUUUAGUGAUGUUUUAAGGUUAGGUAAUUUAAAACUGCACUAAAACUUUGAGACAGUAUUUCAAAGACUUUUUGUAAUUGUUGUAAUUUAAGCUGCCCUAAUAACAAAGGAUUAAUGAAUAUGCUUAUAUAUUUCCAGUUUUGUGUAUUUUUUUAUUGAAGUAAAAAGAUGCUUCAGGUAUAUUUGAAAAGAGAUAAAGGUUUGUUUUGUUGUUAUGAAAUUAAUGUGGGCAAUAUGCUGAAAUAUGGCAACUUUUUUGUUAAAGGAAGUAAUUUCCAUUUUUGCAAUAAUUUGGGUUUUAAAUUCAUAAAGAAUAUGUAUACAUUAUAUUUAUCAAAUGCAUUUCAAAUAGGUGCUUUUGAAAUCUAAGUAUGCUGAUAUGUGGGGGAAUUUUUUAUUUCCUUUUUAUUUUUUUUUUUUACAGAGUAUGGAGUAGGUAUUAAUGAUGCAAAAAAACAAAGCAAGGAAUUGUGUUUACCCAAUAUUAUGAUUCUGAUUUUACUAAUUUAAAAAUAAACUUAGUAAAUUACCAA